AUGGCUUCCUCAUCGCAUGUCGUUGUCAUAGGUCAGGCUGUCCGGCAGACAGUAUCAGAGCAUGCAGGACAGGACUAUCCAGUGACACCCAAAAGAGCAGGUAUUCUAGGCCUCACAGCCGCCAUCCAGAUCCAAGACUUGAUCCAAUCCCGAUCUUUACCAUACAAGAUCCUCCUUGUGGCCAAAGACUUCCCCGUCAUCACACCCGGCGAUCCAACGACAUCUCCAUCUCCCAACUAUGCAUCGAUGCACGCCGGCGCCCACGUGCGGCCCAUCCCAGCGUCAAGUCCACAACUGGCCCGCGAAGCUCGAUGGCUGAAACGCGCAUGUCAAGUAUUUGCCGCGCAGGCCACCCAUGAGCCCUGGAUGGGAGUCAUCCAAGUGCCCGGAGUCGAGUAUUUCGAGGAUCCCGUUCCCGAGCACUACCGCAACCUCGACGCCGAGAGCUUCCACCAGCAGUCCGGUCUGACGGGGUUUCGACGGCUAGAUGAUGCGACUAAACUGCCUAAGGGCGUCAACUUGGGGUACGAGUAUCAGACUUAUUGUAUUUAUUCGUCUGUUUAUUGCGCCGCACUGCUGCGCAAGUUCAUCCUCAAGGGCGGUCAGGUUUUGAGACAGGAAUUGAAAUGCGAGGAUGAAGCGUUCAGUCUUGCCGAUCGUGUUGAGCUUGUUGUUAAUGCGAGUGGGAUGGGGUUUGGGGAUAGGAAUUGCUUUCCGAUUCGAGGCCAAGUCGUCCUGACUAACCUCCAAGCCAACAAGACAAUCACACGCCAAAACGCCAAUGGAACAUGGAGCUUCGUCAUCCCACGCGCGUUCGGCGAAGGCACCAUCGUUGGCGGUACGAAAGAGCCACACGACUGGGAUGCACGGGCUCGUCCGGCCUCCACCGAGACUCUCGUCGCCUCGGCUUUAAAGGAUCUCGGUGCCCUGGACGAGAACGAUCAGAAGACAUCUUGUUCUCGUCCUGUUACCGUUGUCAAGGAGGUAGUCGGUCGUCGACCAGCCAGAGAAGGCGGGGUGAGGUUGGAAAUUGAGGAGCGUGCAUCACCACGACAGGAAACGGACCACGGAACUAAGAACAAGUUUGAGGAGAACUCUACAAUGACUAUCGUUCAUGCGUAUGGUGCUGGCGGGAGAGGAUAUGAGAUUAGUUGGGGUAUUGCGGACGAGGUGUGUGGGCUUGUUGAGCAGGUGAUGCACAGGAGACGAAGAGAACAUUUGAGGGAGAAGGAGAAUGUGUCAGUACGAGCACGAGCACGGUUGUAG